AUGUGCCACUUUCAGGUCUCCUCACACUGCUGGUGGGUUCCAUUUUGUCAUAGGGUGCUGGCAGAUUACGGGCCUCCCAUUGCUGCUGCCAGGCCCGUAAUCUGCCAUGGGCCCCUGUACCGCCUCCUCAUGCUGCUGCCAGGUCCAGAGUCUCUCAUGGGUCCCUGUACGGCCUCCCAUUGCUGCUGUCUCCAUCGCCACACUCUGCCAUGUGCCACUUUCAGGUCUCCUCACACUGCUGGUGGGUUCCAUUUUGUCAUAGGGUGCUGGCAGAUUACGGGCCUCCCAUUGCUGCUGCCAGGCCCGUAAUCUGCCAUGGGCCCCUGUACCGCCUCCUCAUGCUGCUGCCAGGCCCGUAAUCUGUCAUGGGUCCCUGUACGG